AUGAUACGCUACGCAUCAAGUUCAAGCCGGCUGCUUUUCAAAGAGGUUGGUGACGACUUCGAACCCCGGCCGAUUCAGAUCAAUGCAAUUGCUGGUCUCCUCGAGCUCGACAGGAAGCGCGGAUGGUCCGGCAAAAGUACGCUUUUUGAAGCAAUAAAUCUCGUGUUCAGUAAGCGAGCAGUUACAAUCAUCGUCAGUCCCUUAAAAUCAUUGAAUAAGCAUCAGGUAAGCAAAUUUCCUGCUGGCCAAUGUGUCGGGCGUCUACUGACGGUCACGCUCUGAGCAUUCAACAGGCCGCAAAGCUAUGCAUGAGGGGCAAGCAGGCCGUUGUUGUGUCCAAAAAAACGUGGGAAGACGGCACAUUAUACGAGCCAUUGAAAGGUCCACUUUGCAAAGUCGAGUACAUCUUCAUUGUAAGCUUCAAGACCUUGUGACCUUGCCUUUUCUGCUUCACGUUGGCUGACCAUCGUCUAUUGUACGGCAUUGUUGAUUUCGCAAGUCUUUACGACGCGGCAAUCAAGAUCGCCGAGUGGGGACUCACUGGACGAAAAGACCGAGUCGGCGCUAUGGCGCAUACAACCGAGGAUUCCAACCCAUUUCGCGCCGAGUAUGCUCAAAUUGUUCAAAAACAUUUCGGAAUUGGCUGUCAAGCUUUCUUCCUCACUGCGGGUGCUCCACCCGACAAAAUCGUCGAAAUUCCAGCAGUUGCCAAAGUCUCCAAAUCGCGAGCUUUGUUUGCCAAAGCCAACCUGUUCCGCCCUAAUCUACGCAACAUCGUCGUCAAAUUGAGACCUCAAACCAAGGUUGUAAUGACAGAUGUUCUCAAAAUCUGCAAUAGCAGGGAGGGAACAUUGAUCGGACUUUCUGCAGUCAAGGUCGAUUCUCCGCUUGCUCGAAAGUUCACCGCGGUGCGAUCGGAGUACAAGAGAAACGAGGAUAUCGAUGACUUCGAGUCAAUCUUGCAGACAAGUUGUAAGCGUUUGCUUGCCCCGUAUGCCAAGGUGAAAAAAACCUUUACGAUGUUGCAGGGCGUUGCUUUGACGAUCGCACGUGUACACGAGUAG